AUGGCCACAGAAACAAAAUAUCCAUUACAUCCGCACAUAUCGUUACCCAUGACUAUGAUGAGACCACACUAUGAAGUGGUUGUUAUCGGAUCAGGUUAUGGCGGUAGUAUUGCUGCUUCGCGUAUGGCGAGAGCUGGAAAACGUGUUGCUCUUUUAGAAAGAGGAGAGGAAAGAUGGCCGGGAGAAUAUCCAUCAAAACUUCAUGAUUGUUUAAAAGAACUUCAAUAUGAUUCUGUUAAAAAGCAUGCUGGUAAAAAAACUGGAAUGUAUCAUUUUUAUGAAGGAAAUAAUCAAGAUGCUGUUGUGGCUUGCGGACUUGGAGGCACCUCUCUUAUAAAUGCUAAUGUUGCUCUUGAAGCUGAUGAACGUAUUUGGCAAAUGCCUGUUUGGCCUGAUGAAAUUAAAAAUGAUAUGGAAGGUAUAAAAAUGGGUUAUGCGCGAGCCAGAGAGAUGCUUCAACCAGUUCCAUAUCCAAAACAUUUUCCUGAACUUCCUAAGCUUAAGGUUUUGGAAGAACAAGCGAGAAGGCUGGGACCAGAAUAUAUUGAAAAUUUUUAUCGACCACCAAUUACUGUAACAUUUGAAAAUCGCGUUAAUGCUGCUGGUGUUAGACAGUUAAAAUCUACACUUACAGGGAAUGAUACCACUGGCGUCAAUGAUGGUAGCAAAAAUAGUGUAAUUAUGAAUUAUAUUCCUGAUGCCUGGAACCAUGGUUGUGAAGUCUUUUGUGAAAUUUGUGUGCAGAGAAUCAAGAAAGACAAGGAAACUGGAAAAUGGAUUAUAUUUUACAAAUGGUUAGAUAAAGAACACGAGAAAUUUUAUAAUGAUGAUAAUCACCCAUUGUUCUUUGUUAUGGCUGAUACUGUCUUUAUUGCCGCAGGCACUCUUGGUACAAAUGAGAUUUUACUCAGAUCAAGAGUAUGCGGUCUUGAAAUUAGUCCAAAAUUAGGCAUGAGAUUUAGUGGAAACGGAGAUGUUUUGGGAUUUGGUUAUAACACGGAUUUUUUUUGUAAUGGAAUUGCCAUGGGUGAACAAAAUCCACUAGGGUUUAAAAAUGGCCCCGUUGGUCCUUGCAUCACAGGAAUCAUUGACAUGCGUAGAUCCGCUGAAAGUGUUUUGGAAGGUUUUGUUAUUCAAGAAGGUGUAUGUCCCAUAGCUACCGUUCGUUUUUUAAGUGCGGUUUGUCAAGCUACAGGCAUUCUUUCGACAGAUAUAUCAACUAGGCUUACGUUUGCUCAAAGGUUUUUAAAAAGUUCAAAAAUUUUCACGUCAAAGUUUUCUAAAUAUAGUGGUGCUUUGGCAAAUACUCAGACAUAUUUGAUCAUGUCACAUGAUGAUAAUUCUGGGAGGUUACAGCUGGACAAUGAUAGACUUAAAAUUGAAUAUAAAGGUGUUGGUAGUACGAAGAUGGUCGAAAAAUUAAAUAAAACCCUGGAACUUGCGACUGCUAAGAUAAAUGGUGCUUAUGUUCCUUCACCUUUAUGGGCGAAAGCUUUUGGAAAAGGGAUGAUUACUGUUCAUCCAAUCGGUGGGUGUUGUAUGGGCAAGAACGGUAGUAAUGGGGUUGUGAAUCAUAAGGGUCAGGUUUAUAAAGGAGAGGGUACAGAAGUUUAUGAAAGCCUUUAUGUGUGUGAUGGGGCCAUUGGACCAACGGCACUUGGUGUCAAUCCGUUAUUAACAAUUAGUUGUUUGGCCGAGAGAAUUGUAAACUUGGCUGCUAAAGAUCGAGGUUGGAAAAUAAAUUACGAUCUUGUUAAGCAACCGAUUGAUUGGAAUAACCCUGUCAAAAAAUGGCCUUCUUUUAAUGUUAAGGCAGAAGCAUCAUUAAAAGAACAUACUCAAAGUAGAGUUACUUUUAAUGAGUUUAUGAAAGGAUAUUUUUCUACCGAAGUUCUUUCAACCGAUUAUAGAGCAGCUGAAAUGCAGGCCAAAUCAUCUGCUUCUACGAUGCAAUUCACGAUAUCAGUAGCCGCAUAUAAUGAACAAUCAUUAUUUGAUUUGGAUGAAUUUUCGGCAGGAAUAGUCGGUACAAUUUCUUGUCGAGCUUUAUCACCUGAUCCUCUUAUAAUAACCAAAGGAAAAUUUCGACUUUUUGUUAAAGAACAAGAACAAGUUGAUUCACGUGCGAUAAUGUAUAAUUUGAACCUGUUAGCCACAAAUGGAAAAAUAUAUCGAUUUAAAGGGUUUAAGACAGUACUAGAUACGAAUGUACUUACAGCAUGGGAACAAGUGACAACAUUGUAUGUUACUGUAUUUGAGUGUAUAGAAGAGAACGAAAAUGAUUUUGACAAUUUGAUCAUUCAAAAUGAGGAUGAUGAUAUCGAUAUAAAUCCUGAGAAUCGAAAAGUUGUCGGAAGAGGAAUUUUAUAUGUAGAGUUAUCAAAUUUUAUUAAACAGCUUACUACUAUGAAGGCAAUUGGGGGUACUCUGGGUCACGAAACAAAUGUACUUUUCCGUUUCCUAAAGUACUUUUCAACUAUAAUGAUAAACCAUGCGUUUGCAAGGUUUCGACCUUUAUCAUAUCCUGGCCGUUUCCCAAUUGCUCGACCAUUUUACUAUAAACAUAGACCUCAAAAAGAAACAUGGACUAUAGUAUCUGAUGAUAAUGUUGAAACUUUGAUUCAUAGAUUCAAUGGCGGAUCCAAAGGACCUGUACUCUUGAUUCAUGGUGUUGCAAUGUCGCAUGAAAUGUGGACAACAAAUUUGGUCAAAAAUAAUAUCGUGGAUUUUCUAUUAGAAAAUGAAUAUGAUGUAUGGCUAAACGAUUAUCGAUUGUCUCCAACAAAUUCUGAAUGCUAUAAACAGCAGACUUUGGAUGCGGUAAAACUAGAUCAAAAGGCCGCUGUUAAUCAUGUGCGUAAAAUCACAGGGUGCGAUAAGAUUGCUGUUCUCGCACACUGCAUAGGAUGUGUCACUACAUUGAUGGGUAUCUUGGAUGGAUCGAUCGAGGGAGUUGGGUCUUUAAUUACGAGUCAAGUGUCCUUAUUUCCGAUAAACGGAUUUGCGGACAAAAUCAAACGAUGUCUUAAACUCGUUCCAUUAUGGCGUUAUUUAUUUAAGCAAGACAUUUUUGACGUUCGUACUUCUCCUAAUACUGAUUUACUGAACAUUAUCGUUAAUCAACUUUUACGAUUAUACCCGGUUCCACGUGGCCAAGGAUGUAACAGUGCACUAUGUCAUCGAGCAUCAUUAUGCUAUGGCACACUAUUUCAGCAUGAGAAUUUAAAUCAAGAAAUUCAUGAUCAUAUGGAUGAAUUUACUGGAGCCGUUAACUUAACGACAAUGUCACACCUGAUGACUAUUUCGAAGGCCAAUAAGAUUGUUGAUUUUAAUGGAAAUGAUGUUUACGCUACUGAUGAAAAUAUAAAGAAGAGAUUGGAUUUACCGAUUUUACUUGCAACACGAAAGUCUUACGACACCCUAAUCAGGACUAAUGCAGAUCAUAUGGACUACUAUAGUAUAUUUGAAGUUCCAGGUUAUGGUCAUUUGGAUUGCUUGUGGGGAACCAAAGCUUAUAAGGAAAUAUUUCCGGAAAUUUUAAAACACUUAGAGGAAACGCGUAAUUUUUAUGGUUACGGCAUGAAUGGAGGGGAUUCCAUUAUUGGAGAACAAAUUGGCGGAAGGUUGCAGAAGGUUUCUCUGUCUGGAAAUGGAUCUGUAAUUUUAGGAGAAUCCGAAGUAUCUUAG